CAGAAUUUUAUAUUGCCUCUAAAUUUAGUCGCGCAAAAGAUUCCAAUCUUGUAGUCUUGUCCUUUCGCAUUUCGAAUCUCUUGAGAAAAAACACUGACUCAAUUCGAUUUGCAUUGCAUGUGUGUUGUUUCUUGACAGAGUCAAUUUCGAAACCAUGGAUCUACAACAGUCCGAAACAGAUGAUAAACAGCCCGAACAACUAGUUAUUUACGUCUGCGGAGAUUGUGGACAAGAGAACAUUUUGAAGCGUGGAGAUGUGUUCCAAUGCAGAGAUUGUGGGUUCCGUAUUCUCUACAAGAAGCGUAUUCUCGACAAGAAGGAAACCCGUAUAGUUUAAUACCCAGCUGUCUGAGUGCCACAACUCCUGAAGAUUGUUCAAAAUAGACUUAUUGCCAGUUGUUUGUAAUAUGUAUUGACUUGGCCUGUUUUGGUUUGGUUUGGUUUGAUCACUAUGAGUGUGACUGUAAUCUCUUUGCGUUUUGGUAUCCUGGAAAACUAUAACUUCUCAACAAAGUUUUCUGAUUGGUGUUGUAAUCCUUGACUGGCUAUAUCUUCUCGAAGUUGUGUUCUCAUUUGCCACUUAG